AUGGGAUCGCAGUGGUAUAUCGAGAACACAAAUGUCGGGAACAAAGAGGUUGCGGAGGACUGGCGAAUUCGGGGUUACAAUCCUCUCACCCCGCCAAAUCUCCUGCAGCAUGAAAUCCCACAGACGCCAGCAUCCAAGCAGGCAGUCAUAAGGUCGCGCCAGGAAGCGGCUAACGUUGUCAAUGGCAUAGACCCCCUCAAUCGGCUCAUGGUCAUCAUCGGGCCAUGCUCCAUCCAUGACCCGGAGGCCGCGAUGGACUACUGCAAUCGCCUGCUGAAAAUGAAGGAGAAAUAUAAGGAUGAACUUCUCAUCGUCAUGCGCUCGUACCUCGAAAAACCCCGCACAACUGUCGGCUGGAAAGGUCUUAUCAAUGACCCAGACAUUGAUAACUCCUUCCAAAUCAACAAGGGCCUGCGCGUCUCGCGGCAGCUGUUCGUUGAUCUGACUGACAAGGGCAUGCCAAUCGCCAGCGAAAUGCUCGAUACCAUUUCUCCCCAGUUCCUCGCCGAUUUGCUCUCUGUUGGCGCCAUUGGGGCGCGCACCACUGAGUCUCAGCUGCACCGUGAGCUGGCUAGCGGGCUGUCCUUCCCUGUUGGCUUCAAAAACGGCACAGAGGGCUCUCUGGACGUUGCUGUUGAUGCCAUUGGAGCUGUCAGACACCCCCACCACUUCCUCUCAGUGACCAAGCCUGGCGUCGUGGCGAUUGUGGGAACAGUGGGCAACGAGGAUUGCUUUGUUAUCUUGCGAGGUGGGAAGAAAGGGACUAAUUACGACGCAGCGAGCAUUGCGGAGGCCAAGGCGAAGUUGACAGAGAAGGGGCUGAAUGCGCGCUUGAUGGUGGAUUGCAGCCAUGGAAAUUCACUGAAGGAUCAUCGCAACCAGCCCAAGGUGGCAGCCGUGCUGGCAGACCAAAUCGCGAGUGGGGAGCAAGCGAUUAUGGGUGUGAUGAUUGAGAGUAACAUCAACGAAGGAAACCAAAAGGUCAGUUCCCAAGGCAAGGCUGGCCUGAAAUACGGCGUCAGCAUCACGGAUGCCUGCAUCGGCUGGGAGGAUACGGAGAGCGUCUUAGAAAUGCUCGCGAAUGCAGUCAAACAACGAAGGGAGCGUGGCCAGGCAGCAUGA